AAUUAAAAAACAGCCCCAAUUCAACAAACACUCCCAAAUCGAAAUUCAAAACUAUUAAUUCCUUUUUCUGAUAAUAAUCAAUCAAUUAGGUAUUCGUAUCAAAAAAUAUUCAAAUCUUGUAAUUCACAUAAACACAAAAAUAACAACUUGUAGUAUCAGAAACAAGAAGUUGGAGUCGCACCACUUAACUCAACUGCCCGGAAAACGGAACCAGAGUUGCUCGUCGGCUGCCAGAAACGGUCAUGGCUGCUAAGAAGACAAUUGCAAUUUGUCAGUCAGGUGGCAAAUUUGAAACUGAAAAAGAUGGUACUUUGUCAUAUAAAGGCGGUGAUGCUCAUGCUAUGGACAUUGAUGAUCAAAUGAAUUUUAUAGAUUUCAAGGCAGAAAUAGCUGAAAUGUUUAGUUUUAAUCUUAGGAGCAUGUCUAUUAAGUAUUUUCUUCCUGGAAACAAGACCACUCUCAUUUCAAUUUCCAGUGACAAGGAUCUACAACGAAUGGUUAAGUUUCAUCGCGAUUCGAUUACUGUUGAAAUUUAUAUCCUUAUUGAAGAUGUCGUUGCUCUUGAGGUUUCAACCAUGCCUGCCAGUAGGUAGUUUCUUUGGUUCUAUAUCCUAAUAGUAAUAUCUCUUUUGUUAUUUCACGGGGAUUUAGUUUCUAGAGUUUAAUUUUGAUAUUCUUUAUUUCAUGGGAGUUUUUGUUGAAUUG